CGACAUGGGCAGGCAGCGGCGGUUCCUGGAGGCGGCCGCGGAGCGGAUGGUGGGCGCCUGUCCGGGCCAGGCGCGGUUCCUGCUGUGGACGCUCCGCGGCUCCCGAGAUAAUGAACGUGGAUUUGAAAGAAUAUGUCAUUACUGCUUCCAGUUCCUGGUUCCUGAUAGCUGCCGGGUGCGUCUCAAGCCAAAGAUGAAAAUGACUCCACAGAUAGAGAAGGUUUUGAAACAAGAGGUGAAGAACUGUAAACUUAACAUGAAACAGACAAAGCUUUUGAGAAAGUACAAGAAGUCCAGCAGUGUUCUGCUGGUUACUUGCAACUCAUGCAAGAAAACAAGAAGAUACAAUGGUAAAAGCAGGACUACCAAGACACGUGGUUUUGGCACUCCAAAUAGUAAAUCUAGCUUGAGAACACCAGAUAUAAAAAUACUGUCUGCAAACAAAGUGACACCUGUAAGCUGCAGUAGGUUGGGAUCUAAAGGAAACAGUCCAUCUCUUCCCAGAACUUGUGUAUCCAGAGGGGAAACAACCAGCUCUGCUUCCAAGACUCCCCGAAAAUCCAGAUUUCACUUUUCAAGGCUAAAACAGAUGCUCAACCUGGAAGAAAAAGAGAAAAGCCAGAAGGCAGAUUUGAAAACCUUUUUGACUUAUCUUUAAUUAUAUCUUAUUUCAAAGUAAUGAAAAUUACUGCAAUAAAUAUUGCUCCAAUUUUUAGUAAAAGAACAAAGCCAUUUCUUUAGAACUGACACUAGUGGCAUGUACCUUGUGAAAGCAUAGAGUAUGUUUAGAAGCAAACUGGACAAUGUUCACAAGAGGGAGAUGCAAAAAUAGCAUCUAAUAUGCUUGGGAGUCUUAAACACGU